ACGACCGCACCACCUCGACGCGUCGAUUGCCAACAUGUCCGACAACGAGCAGAACCCGCCGACCCAGGAUGCAGACGCGAAGCUGGACCCCGCCGCACCCAUCAACAUCAAGGUCGUGACACAGACCGGGGAGGAGGUGUUCUUCAAGAUUAAGAGAAAUACGAAGCUGAGCAAGCUGCAAGGGGCGUACGCGAACAAAGUCGGCAAGGACGUCAACAGCAUCCGAUUCCUGUAUGAUGGUGCCAGGAUAGGCGAUGACGAUACGCCAGCAUCGUUGGAUAUGGAGGACAACGAUGCUAUCGAUGCGAUGGUAGAACAGGUCGGAGGCUCAGCGUGACGAGGUUAUCCGGAACGCAUCUCCCUGUCAUUUCUCUUUGUAUCAUUGCUCUGCCUUUUUUCUUCCCUCUAUCGUCGUGUUCUCGUACGUGAAGUAAUAUUCAAUGUAUCAUUGUUCAGGC